AGCAAGCGCGAUAGUUUCUGCUUACAUUGCUGUUGUCACAUGCCUGACUCUUGUGUAUAUGCUUUCAUAUGUUCAUCUUUCAGGUAUGCAAUUGUAUCCUCUCUAUUUGUGUUCUUAGAAUAUGACAGGGCAUUGUUGCAUAUAGUUGAUUGCAUGUUUUCACAGACAAAAUAGAAGCAGAGGCAAAUCAUGGUUUGGUACAAAUAAUCUCAGUUGACCUUCAAGGCUUUGGUAGUUGAGGAAAGUCCACUAGACAGUGAUUGGUGAAUUGUAAUGUACCUGCCCUUACAUGUUUGAGAACAUAUUUUCAACAGUUGAAACAGAAAAUAAGUUUACACUUUGGCCUUUUUUUGCUAGUAUUUAUAGCAUUUGAGAUUGAGAGGCUAGAUAUUGGUGUGGGGUAUCAACUUGGUUUGCAGACUGGAUGCAUAUUUCUGGAUCUUCAGUAUCACUGCAUUUUAACUGUAGAACUGGGAAGAUUUAGUAGUAUGUUUUUGUAUUAUUCUACCAAAAAAGUUUUUAACUCCAUUUCCUGUUGAAACUUGAUCUCCUAGGUGCCAAAAAGUCAAUUAUCCUGGUAACAAGUUUGGUCUUCGGUAUUUCACUUGUUCUUGUAUUAUCUGGAGUCACUCCACCCUUUACCGAGAACACUGCUAGGGCUGUAAAUGUAAGCUUUUCCCACUAGUUAAUUUCACUGUUGUUUGUUCAUGGUCUUCUUCAUGUCAUUUGAGAACACCUACUGUUUUAUGGUGGUAGGUGGUGCAUGUGGUGGAUACAAUGGCAAGACAGGGCGGAAAGCAAGAUCCUAUUUCAUUUGUUUCUCUGUCUUCCGUAACUCCUGGAAAGCUGACGAAAGAGGCUGAAGAAAUUAGUGAAGGAUUUGUAUGUGGCAGAGACAAAGUUGUCGAUUUCGUCACUUUCUCGGUUAAGUAUGGUUGUGUGACAUAUGAUGAAGCCGAACAUGGGUGGAGUAACUCUGAUGUUUCGGUGUUGCAUGUCGAUAGUGAUAACAAGGUGGGAGAAGAAAGAUUUACACAAGUCUCAUUUGCUGCAAAAGCCUCCACUCGCUGGUCACUUGCUGUAAAUAUGGAAGAAAUAGAAGAUUUCAUUCUCAAAGGUAUGUUUAGAAAACUCUUCCAUCUCCUGCAAUCUCAUACUUUUGUAUUCUUGUGUCUAAUGUGUUUAAGCAUCACCUAUAUGUCUUGAUUCUGCUCUUCAAAGGUUUAUUGUCCCCUACUUCUAUGCCACGGGUUUUCUCUAUGUUUAUUCAAUGUCUUCCUGGCUAUCUAUAUAUUUAGGAAAGGGGGAAUAAGGGAAAUGGUCAUAAAAUGACAGUUAGUUAGUAGUGGAUGCGAGUGAUUAUUUUCUUUCUAUGAUAUUGCAUCUGGAUUCAGAUAUCUGUUUAUACAGCACUGUGCUUGUGAUCUUAUGACCGAGACCAAAUUCUAGUUCCGGAAGCAUGUUUAAUCUGUUCUUGAAAUGAGACGGUGGAUACAAAAACCAUUUUGUCGAUCAGGUAGAAACUUGAAAUAGAAUGGUGAAUGUUAAACCCAUUUUGCUUCAAUCAGUUGGUGUCUGCUGGUGAGAAGUUGUCAACUGAACCUAACAGUCUAAGUGGUCAAGUGUCAGCAAAAAUAAGUAAUUCGUUGUGAAACGAUUGGAUGGAGUUGGCUUUUCUUUUUAUAUUCAGAAAAUAAGUGAGUUAAUGUGUGAAAUGACUAAAAUAUACUUGCAUGCUUUUGGAGUUCCAUAGAAAACAAAAAUGGCUGAACUGAUAGAGUAAUGUUAGCUCCGGGUCAUUUUUAAUUUAAUGGAGGCACCAACUAGGUACUAAUAUAGUGAUGCUUAGAUUUUGGCUUCCGAGGUGUCUGUCAACUAGAACUUAUACUUCCAUGUAAUAGAGAAGUAGACUGUCUACUCAACUACCGGUACAGUGUCUCCCCAUGGUACUAAAUUCAGUCAUGUUGUGGUAUGGUGGAAAUGCAGGAAACUCUGAAGAAGAAUUGGUCCCAUCAGGCAGCAAGAGCAGCACCGAUGGAUGGCAUAUCAUUCAGUUUGCAGGAGGGAAGGACUCACCAAGAGACUUCAAACUGACCCUCAUCUGGGCAAAGAAGUCCAAACAAUCAACCGAAAAUGCCAAUAAAUCGGCGGAGGAGCAGCAGCCUCUACUGAAGUUGAGAACAGAUGUUCAGCGAGUGACGCCGAUAGCUAAGAGAGUGCUGUCAAAGCUCCCACCGUGGUGUUCUCAAUUUGGCAAGUCCACUUCUCCUUACAAUCUAGCUUUCUUGACCAGCCUUCCCGUUAACUUCUAGGAUUCGUGUCUAAUUCUCUGGCCAUAGUUUCUUAGAAGAAAGGCAGUUUUGUAUUUCGCUGUAAAUUUCGAGCAACCCAACAAGGAUAUUACCAGUUGGUAUGAAAUGUACGUUUGCUGGAAUUCUGUAAUCUGGGAAUCAACUUCACCUACAUGCAUGGACAGUGAAAAUAGGAGUUUCAUUUGUAGAUCUCGUAAAAGACAAAAUCGUACUUCUCUUGCUUGAUGGUGAUAGAACACCAACUUGUAGCCGCUGGAGGCUUGCUUUGUUUUACUUUACAAAGGAAAAAUUCCCUAAACAAGGAGUCUUGUAGUCUACGAAAGCUCUCUGUGGUUUCAUUAAUAAUACAAGUCUUAUCGUUUCCUUAUAAUUGACAGCUCAAUAAGUGACAGUUGGCCCCUUGAUUUCCUACAGUAGUGAAAUGAAAGCGCAAGAUCACCUGUGUAAUUAAGUUUCGGAAACACU